UCUCACUGUCCCUUAGGUAAGCCUGUGAUGAUAGUGACAGAGUACAUGGAAAAUGGAUCUCUGGACACUUUUUUGAAGAAACAUGACGGGCAGUUCACGGUGAUCCAGCUGGUGGGAAUGAUGCGUGGAAUAGCUGCGGGGAUGCAGUACCUCUCAGAGAUGAACUAUGUGCACCGGGAUUUGGCGGCACGGAACAUUCUGGUGAACGGAAACCUGGUGUGUAAAGUGUCUGACUUCGGGCUGUCGCGUGUGUUAGAGGACGAUCCAGAGGCGGCAUACACUACACGGGUGAGAGAUCAUGCUUCUGCUCUGGAUGUUUGCUCUUCAGUCUUAUUUUAA